CGGACUCGGGCCUGGUACCACCGCUAAUUCCAGCUUUUGCUGUGAAGAAAAAAUCAGCAUGUCUUCCUCCAGAUUGGGGCUCCGUUUGGCUGCCUGUUUACUAAACAUUUCAGAAGCCAGAAGAAAACACAUUGUUGAGAACAUAGCAAAAGCAGCUCUUCUUGGAAAAAAUGGGAAGAAACAUCCUGAAGUAUCAGUACUCAAUAUAUUUUCUGAUCAAGACUACAACAGAUCAGUCAUUACAAUAGCAGCUUCUGUUGAAGAAUUAAACAAUUCUGUUCUGGCUGCCUGCUUGGAGGCCUUCCAGUCUAUCGAUAUGGAGGUUCAAGAAGGAAUCCACCCUUGUUUGGGAGCAGUGGACCUGAUUCCCAUUUACCCUCUCACUGGUGUUGGAGUGGAAGAGUGUGGAGCUGUGGCCAGAAGCCUUGCUGAGGACCUGGUCCUGCAUGUUCCGGGCAGCAGCGUGUUUCUCUUCGGUGAGGCCGACCUGCCCGAGAAGCGCAGUCUUGUCCAGAGAAGGAAGCAGCUCGGCUGGUUCACAAGGAGGGAUUUCAGUUCUCUCGAACCUGACUUGGGAGCUGCACCUGCCCGAAGAUGUGGUUUAACAGGCAUCGGCGCCAGCCCGUACGUGAUGAACUGCAAUGUUACCAUAGACUCUCAAGACUUGGCUUUGGGAAAAGAGAUUGCUAGUGCCAUUCGGGGCUCAAAUGCAAAUGGAUUGAAGGGUGUCCAAGCGAUGGCUUUUCCCCAUGAAGGAAAAAUUGAGAUAGCUUGCAACGUAGAGAGUUUUGAAGACCAAGAAGCUACAGAAACCUCAGAAGACUCUCAAUACAUGGCUUAUAGUGUUCUUGGGGAUCAUUUUUCUUACAUAUCUCCUCAUUACAUAGAAGCUCAAGUUAAAAAGCUGGCGGGUGAUCGAGGAAUUGGUACUAUCGGGAGAGCAUUAAUUGGAUUUACACCCCAAGAGUGCAAGAACUGUGCUGAAUAUGCUAUAAAGGAAAAUAUUGGGGAAUUCUGGAAGAUACGGGGAGGUGUUUUCAUGUGAUCCAGUUUAAGAAUUCAUGGAAAUUUCAAGGAAAAAUAUCAAUCAUUACAAAGAUUUUUUUAGCCAAUGAAGAUGAAGAUACAAAGAGCUUGGUUAUAGCUGUAUAUUGGAAAAUUGGAAGCAUUCUUUGUUCAACAAUCAGUCUUUAUGGAUUGUUCAUAAUUGCCCUGUGAUAUUUCUAGUUGUCAUUAAAACUUUAUGAGAACCUACUUUGCACCAAGUUUAUUCACUUUGUGCAUCAGAAACCCUCCUGAAUCAGCUGAAUAAUAUGGCCAUGGUUGCUGAACCACCUUUGAUUAUUGUGAUCAACACCAAAAAUGGACUUGACUUACUGUACUUGGUUUUCCCAAACUCUUUAUUCCCAAGCUCUGUAUUCAACUUUUAUUUUUCAAGUAAUCAUUUUUGUAAUGUGUA